AUGUCGAAACGGUCUUCACCAAUCACCGAUGAAGAUUCUCAAGGAGCCUCAACGGAUGAACCAAUCAGAAAGAGACGUCUGGUUGAGUUUGAACCUGUUAGGAUAUGCUCCAUCAACGCUACGUCCGAGAUUGAUGCGAAAGUGCUUGCCGUACAAAAUUAUAAAUUAAGUGAACGAUUCAAACAUAAGGAACGACAGCGAGAUCAGCUUCAAAAAAGAGUUGAGCAGUUAGAGAGUAGGCAAGCGCAAGAUGAUGCUAUGCUCUGUAUCAUCAAUCGUUUCUGGAAUCGGUUUGAUGAAGACGUUAGAAUUCUCCUCGAACGGUUUGAUGCUGAGACAGCGCUUGAAGGUGAAAUUGAAAUGGAGUAUGAAGGAACGAAAAAUUUUUUGGCAAAGCUUUCUCACUGGGAGAACGAUGAAAUAGAAGAUAAAUUGAAGCAGCGCGUUGAGUUCAGUCGAAGGGCAAUAGCCAAAAUGGUACAAGUGUUUGAUCAUAUAACGCAAAGAAACGAAAAAAUUGCAACUCUUAUCGCGUCGUGUCCCACUUCUGAUCAAACUAAUGAUGGUGCAUCAACAUCGGAAGAGGAUGCAACCGUCAAUAAUCACUCAAAACCGUCAAUAAACGGUGAAGUAGCAAGAAUGAAUGAAGAAUUGAGCGGUGAAAAUGUUAAACUACAAAAGAUAAUCACUAAACUGCAGUCUGAAAACCAUAUUCUUUCUUUAAAGGCAUCUGCUCAAGAAGACGAAUUAUCAUCAAUGGAAACACGACAUCAAGAAAUGAGUAAUUCGUUAGAUGAAGUGAAGUAUCAGCUUGAAAAAUCAAUGCGUAGAGAAUGUAAACUCGAUUUUCGACUUGCUGACUUGGAAGAAUUAGAGCUGAAUGUUGAUAUGCAGUCUGAGCUGGCCACAUCGCGUCUUCAAGAACUUCAAGAAAUGUUGGAGAAAAACAAAAACUUAAUGCGACAAGUUGAGACGCUGAAAUUGAAUUUGAAGCAUACACCAAGUGAUGUGAUAAAGAAGUCAACCGAAUACAUAGCUUUACAGUCUCAAUAUUCUGCACUUUUUAUGGAAACGGCUCAGAUGAGACAACAACUUGAAGUGGCUCGAACUCAAAUGGCUUCACUGCGCAGCGCUCACGCAAAACAAAUCGAAUUCAUGGAGGAACAGCUGAGUCAAGUCCGUAAGGAAUAUGAAAUGUUGAGAUUGGAGUUCGAACAAAAUCUUUCGGCGAACGAACAAUCUGGUCCUGUAAAUAAGGAAAUACGGAUGUUAUUAACAAGUUUUAAGACUCAAAAUGAGCAACUCAAGCAAGAGUCGAGCCGAUUUAAAAGAAAAUGGAAGGAGGCUGUUUCUUUGCUUGCCAAGUGCAAUAAGGAAUUGGAAGGUGAGAAACGUUAUCGUGAGCGCUGUCUGAUGAUCGAAAUCGAAGAAGAAAGCGAUUCGCUGGCAUCACCCGAUCAGGACAAAAAUUCAUCGACGACCACUGAUGGCUGUGCUUCAUUAGUUGAUGGCUGUGUGCUGCUGGAACACGGAGAGUUGUUAGACAAUGAACAUGAAGGCAACACACCUUCGCAUAAAACUAUACAAAAACUAAAGAAAACCGUCCUUGAUUUGCAAACAAAACUUGAUGCGCUCAAUUCACUUAGCACUGAACAGAGGGAUCGUUUCGAGAUCUUGGCUCGUGAGAGGAGGUUGAAGCAGGAAAAUGAGAAGAUGCAAUCGCAUCUACGUAAAUUGGUUGGUGCAGAUAGACGAGAAAAGAUGCGAUAUUACGCCGAUGAUGCUCAACGAAAAAUAAGAAGUUUGGAAGAGUUGAACGAACGUUUGAGAAAAGAAGCACAAUCUGCGAAGCAGCAGGAAGAAGGUCUUACAAGAGAAAUGGACACAACCGGAGAGGCAUUUGAGGAUAUGCAGGAGCAAAAUACAAGGCUUUUACAACAGCUCAAGGAAAAGGAUGAUGCAAACCUGAAGCUGAUGGCUGAGCGGAUUCGUGCGAAUCAGUGUCAGAAGAAGAUGAACGAAGAGAGGGAAAGAACCGAAGAACGUUUGAGUAGUCUUCAGAAUCAGAUCGAGGCACAACAGUUGAUGAUCUCGAAACUUGAAGAGAAGGAUAAAGUUCUUACUCAGAAGAAUGUCAAUCUUGAACAUCAACUAAGAAUGGUUGAACAAGCGAUGGAGAUGCACAAGAGGAAAGCGAUUGAAUGCUCACAGAGCUCUGCAGAUCUGAAAGCGCAAUUCGAUAAGUGUAGCAGUCAGCUGAAUGAUGCCCAACAGGCAAUGAUAUCCAAAACAUCGCAGCAAGAAGUUGACACAUUCAAAAUACGUCGACUUGAAGAGGAUAAAAAUAUUCUCAAGAAGAAACUUGAACGAGCCAAGAAAAUGGAGAAGAUGGACAACAUGGAUGAAGUGUUGAAUGAGGAAAUACGGGAACUAAAGGAUAUAUUAACGUGUCCGUCGUGCAAAGUGCGACGUAAAGAUGCAAUCCUAACGAAAUGCUUCCACGUCUUCUGCAUGGAAUGUUUAAAGACGCGUUAUGAGACACGACGUCGCAAGUGUCCAAAGUGCAACGCUGCAUUUGGUGCGAAUGACUACAGACGUAUGUAUUUCUCGUAG